CCCGACGUCUAGUGAUGGGGAGCCCCGGGUGCUUUCGGCCGCCAGAUCGGGUGUAGAGGUUGAAGUUGAGCCCCGGGCCUGGGAAUUGGACGCCCGCAGAGGGGAAGAUGGAAGCGUGGCGCUGUGUGAGGAGGGGCUACGGCCGCUGUGUGGUGGGGAGAGGCCGAUACCCCAUGUUACCCCAUCACCAGAAGAGUCUGGGCAGAGAUUGGACGACACCGUGGGAGAAUCUGCAAAGGUGUUGCUGGAACAGACAUAUUUCUAGUUGUAUGAGGUGGCCUGGACAUUAUUCUCGUGCUCCUUACCCAUACUUCAGUAGUAGGCAUUUUUCACUAAAUUGGAGACCACCUUGUUUGUUUGAGUCUAGAACUCCGUUUCAGUACUGGAACUGGAGACCUGACAACCUGAGCCAGACCUCUUUGAUUCAUCUCUCUAGUUACAUCAUGAACUCUGAGGGAGAUGAGCCUUCAUCAAAACGAAGAAAACACCAAGGCACAAUACAACGACAUUGGGAAUAUAUAUGUAACCAUAAUAAAGACAAGACGAAGAUCCUAGGAGACAAAAAUGUUGACCCCAAAUGUGAAGACAGUGAUAACAAGUUUGACUUUUCAGUGAUGUCCUAUAAUAUACUUUCACAAGAUUUAUUGGAAGACAAUUCACAUCUUUAUAGACACUGCCGGCGGCCAGUUUUACACUGGAGUUUUAGGUUUCCCAAUAUUCUGAAAGAAAUUAAACACUUUGAUGCAGAUGUACUUUGUUUGCAAGAAGUUCAAGAAGAUCAUUAUGGAGCAGAGAUCAGGCCAAGUUUGGAAUCUUUGGGUUAUCACUGUGAAUACAAGAUGCGGACAGGAAGGAAACCUGAUGGCUGUGCCAUUUGCUUCAAACAUUCCAAGUUUUCACUCUUAUCAGUGAACCCAGUGGAAUUCUACCGCCGUGAUGUUCCUCUGUUGGACAGAGACAAUGUUGGAUUGGUGUUACUCUUGCAGCCCAGAGUUCCGAGGGCUGCCUGUCCUGUGGUCUGUGUAGCUAACACACAUCUGUUAUAUAACCCAAGGCGAGGCGAUAUUAAGCUGACCCAAUUGGCCAUGCUUCUGGCAGAGAUUUCCAGUGUUGCCCAUCAGAAAGAUGGCAGCUUCUGCCCUAUCAUUAUGUGUGGUGACUUUAAUUCUGUUCCUGGUUCUCCGCUUUAUAGUUUUAUAAAAGAAGGAAAAUUGAAUUACGAAGGACUUGCCAUCGGCAAGGUAUCUGGCCAGGAACAGUCUUCACGGGGACAAAGAAUUUUAUCUAUUCCAAUUUGGCCCCCAAACCUAGGUAUCUCACAGAACUGUGUGUAUGAGGUACAGCAGUUACCAAAAGUAGAAAAGACAGACAGUGAUCUGACACAGACAGAGCUGGACAAAACAGAGGUCUUAGUGACAGCUGAAAAAUUAUCUUCAAAUUUACAGCACCAUUUCAGCUUGUCGUCUGUUUAUUCGCAUUAUUUUCCUGACACUGGAAUUCCAGAAGUGACCACCUGUCAUUCCCGAAGUGCCAUAACUGUGGAUUAUAUUUUCUAUUCUGCUGAAAAGGAAGAUGUUGCCAGGCAGCCAGGAGCUGAAGUUGCUCUGGUUGGUGGCUUGAAACUUUUGGCCAGACUAUCACUUCUUACGGAACAAGAUUUGUGGACUGUUAACGGACUUCCAAAUGAAAAUAAUUCUUCAGAUCAUCUACCUUUAUUGGCUAAGUUCAGACUUGAGCUGUGACUCUUCUUUGAUUACAUAUAUACUUUUCUUUCCAAUUUACAUUCUUUUUCAAAAAAUGUAAAAUAUUUCUUGAGAGUUUGCAUGUUUAUUUUUGCGCCAUGGAGUUUCUGAAGAGGUUAUGUUAAAUGCUUGAAACAGAUGUGAGAAGAAACAAGUUUACAACAAUUUUCUUUGUAAUACCGAAAAAAUAUUUUCCUGACAAGUGCGAUCCAAACGCUCCUUAUUGUAAAAGAGUUGUAAAUAUUUUUUAUUCUAAAUCCCAGUAAAAUUGACAGUGAUUUUUAAAUACAGUGCAUCCUCUUUAGUUAGUAAAGAAUUUCAGUUGAUGUUUUUGGCAAGCUUUACGGUGGAUCCAAAAUAUCUUUGAGUUCUUGCAAACCACAACUCAUUUCCCUCCCAGAAGGCCUGAUUUCAUUGUGAGGACCAUCUGUUUGUUGAGUCCGAAUUAUUUCAUCUCGGAAAUCACUCACAAGUGUCCAGCCAACCAUUUUAGCUUGGUUUUGAGGGGGCUUGAUAAUGCUUUCUAAAAUUGUACAAAUUGCUUAAUCCGUCUUGUUACUCUCCUGAGCCGUGUACUAUGUCUGCAUUUUGUUGGGAGAUGUAGGUCACCAUUACUAGUAGGUGAGGUGCUGUAUACACGCCCUCUUUCCAUCCUGUGACAGACAGACCAUUCCAGCAUGCCUGAGAGAGGCAGAGACUGGGUUAGAUUGCCUUUGUUUCCCUAGCACUUUGUUUUUUGUUUUUUUCUUUUUUCUCUUCAGUUUCAAGAAGAGAUCCCUGGGUUGGGGGAGAGUCUUUAUUUUUCUGAACCAAUUCUGUGGAAAUUUAUUUUAUGAGGAAACUUGUCUUUAGAACAAAGUGGCAGCUAUAAGAUUCUUUUGGUUUUGCCUCAGAUAUUUAGGAAGCCCGCAGAACUAGUAGGGAGAUACCAACUUGGAGACCUAAUACUCUUAAGUAGUAAUUUUAACCAUCUUAGUGGUUUUGUUUCUAAGAUGUUACUU